AUGGUUCGUAUAAGUGAUGAGCAUUCACCACAAACAGCAGCUACAACGACGAAUGGCACACCGAAUUUCAGUAAAAAAUCCAAUGUUAUUGAUAAAAUAGAAACUACUGGAGACGAAGCUAAAGAAAAAAAAACAUCGAUGAAAACAGCUGAUGAUGUCAUUUCAAGAAUACAAUGGGACGAGAGAUUAAAGAAAAUAUAUUUUCGUGUCGGUUAUAUUGAUCGAUUUUUAGGUUUGCAAGAAAAACCGUUUACAGAUUUUGAUUUUGAGAUUGAUUUAGCAUCCGUGAAUGAUCGAUGUUCAACAAUACUAGCUAUACCCAAACAUCGUAUUCAAUAUUUUAAAUAUCAAAAUGAAAUAAUAUGGGAUAAAGAAACGAGGACAGAUAAUGUAUUCGGCUCAACAGGAAGUCAAUUAACAAUCUACGACAUUAUACAACGUUUACCGCCAGUUACCGACAAUAAUGAUGUAACGACAAAUGAAGAUAAUGAACGGUCAGUAAAACCAGAGAUGGGAGAAGGUACAAAGUUUGUCCCGAGAUGUUUGUAG